AUUUGAAUACGUAUCCGAUACCAAACCCCCAUGAGAAUUCCUGAUCUAUGACCAAUUCUUUGAAUCGUUACAUCGCACUAUACGGUCGCGGUUUGCGAUUCAUAUCGAACUACCAAAGAUACAACACGCCCUGGAAGAUCCAGAACGAUGGAACGCUAAUUGGGAAAGGCUUAUGUCGACUCAAGAUCUCAACUUCAUACUCGGAUAUUCGCUGAACAAUCUUGUACAAAGACGGAGAACUACCGCUGCUCCCGAAUCUACAGACGAGUAUUCGAUCAACUUGAAUAACGCUAUCGAAAUGCGCCAGCGUCUUGGGCAAAUAGGAAUUUUCACUUUCAUUGAUAUGGAUUUUGAAGCCACAUGGAUGAAUGCGGCACCCUCCGAACGGCGUAAACAUGUUCUUGUUGGACUAUCCGAGGGAUGUUCUAUCGCGAGAAACCUGAAUGACGCACGGAGGUUCACGGCGGAUGUACUCAAACUGGACUAUCUAAGUCGAGAUGGGAAGACCUAUCUUGACUUGUUCAAGACUAUCAUGCCAGGUUCAGAUCCGGAUACAACGCCAGAUAUAUACUACAUCCCCAACCCAGGGUGGGACUCUUUCCAGGAGCGUAUGAAAGAGAAGUAUGCUACAUCCAAAGUUCAUCUCGUAUCUUUAGGUGAAAUGCAGGUCCUGCGAACGGAAUUGAUUUACUAUGUCGUAGGAUAUACAAUGAUGUCGUUCAUUGGGCACAAGAUUGACCGCGUGGCUGGUAUUAAACCCCGAGGCGCCUCUUCCGAUCACAAGACAGCACAAGCCAAAAAAAUGUAUAAAGAAGGGGACAGGAUACAAAAAAUGAUGUUCGGACUCGAAGAAACCAAAAGGAGAAAAGACGAAGAAAAGCAAGUUGCGAAGGCGCUAAUCGCCCGACGUGUGGUUAUGUGCUUUCAAUGUCAGAAACACCAACCUGAGGGUGAGAAGUUUAGUCGAUGCUCACGAUGUUGGAAUAACCUCAAGCGUGACGUCGUUUACUGUUCAAGGGAAUGUCAGAUCGUAGACUACAAAAAAUCACACAAGAUGAUAUGUGGGAAGGAGGUAGACAUGGAUGUAGCAACCCAGUUCGCCUCAAAAAGGGCUGCAGCUGAGUACCCUACAACUCCUCAGCAGAUCCCUCCUGCAGUAGCUGGGUUCAAGCGCUCUCCUUAUCUUCUUCGUCACGUUCAACUCUUGAAUAAAAACCCCAAGGCGGAUUUUUUCUUUCGCAUUGCAUAUACAGGCGAUACCACCUCGGACUUCAUAUCGAUGGAUUUGACCAAUCCAUACAUGCAUAAAGUUCUUCGUUCAGUACGAAACAAAGCAAUGUCGACUGGCGAUCGAGAGAGUAUCGUCGCUUUGAGUCAUGGAACGCUGUGGUACUGCAACGCUUCGAGUUUUGAUAAAAAAUUUGGCUGGAACUUUGACGAUUUCUGUGACCAGAUGGCGAAAGAGUGGGAAAUGCCCAAUCUGAAAGAGGCCAUUCUAGAGUUGGACAGGAAACGGUUUGAGGACCCUCUCAAUCAGAAGCGUCCGUGAGUAGAGUUGUCACUUUUGCUGAGAUCAAGAGUGCUGAGUGCUCGCACCGUUUAUCAGCCAACUUUUCAUGACUGAAGAGAUACCCGAGACGGUGUGGGCUGACUUUGUAAAGAUCGCUACUAGCGGAGAUUUUGACUUUGAACGUCGAUUGUUCUCGUAACCUUCAAUAGUAUGUAACUAGUUUGAAAAAUAAUUGAAUCCUGAUUGCAACUGGUC